AUGUUUGGCCACUGGAGCAGUCGUGUGCGACAAACUGCCCUAACAGUACUGUGCCAUUUUGAUGUCCCGCUUAACAGUGCCGGAACCGAUGGUGGGCAUCUGGAAAAAGUGGAAAAUGCUUUUAGCAUUUUAUUGAAAGCUGAAAAAACACCACUAACACUGGUGCAUUACCGAACACGUUUGAUGCUUUUGCGUCGGCUUAGUUAUGGUAGCCAUAUAAAGCACAUGCCACGUGAUUGCGAUGCUGUCCUAGAAACGAUUCCUCUGCGAAUAAUCAUUGCAAGUCUGUACGAGCGUUUUACGAUCUUAUGGUCGCAAUUGCUGGAUAUCAUUGAAACUUAUGCAUAUGGAUUGAAUAUUACAACUUUCUUCACAUUAUUUUCUUCAUUUGUCAAAACAGCUGACGCAGAAAUUGCAUCCGAAAAUAAUAACAAAAUCCCUGUUGGUCUCUGCAGAAUUACGGGUUUCAAUGAAGAGAAUACGCCCGAUUAUGGAAUGUUCCGGCUACAAAAUGAAUACCAAAAAGGGAAAUUGUUCGAAAAGCGAGAAAACAUUCUAGCAGUUUCGUCGGAAACUGUUGAGCGUGGCACUGAUAAAGAUGACGAUGAGGCCAAAGUAGUCACAGAUGAUCAUCUUGAUACGAAAUGUAUGAACAAAAACGGUAAGGAAUUACUCGCUGAUGAAGGAACAAAAAAUUCAGUCAGUUCGGGUGAACUGAACAUCGAUGGGCCUUGCAUUGGACGAAAAAUGGUCAGACGUACAGUAAUUGCUCUUCUGGAAGUGGGAAAUUUCGAAAAUUUGGUGGACGAGAAGCUUUUUCUCAAUGAACUUAUCUGUUUUACUGUAGACGACCAGAAUUCUGUGAUUGAUGAGAAGCAUCGAAGCGAUUUGAUGCCUAUCCUCCUGAGGCUUCUGUACGGCAAAUACAAUAUGCACGUUCACAAAGGAGAAGUAGCACGACGCGCUGCGAUACUUCGAUUUCUGGCUAGUUGCAAUCCGGAAGAAAUCGACAUUUUUCUGAAGUUGUUGUUCGCACCAUUGUUGCAUCUCACUGGUAGGUGGUAUCAUUGGUCACAGGAUUCGCCGAAUUAUCUAAAAUUUUGUCACAACGGUGAACGUGGUCCAAAUAAAAUUGCAGGUGAAGAAGAGUCGUUAGAAGUACUUUGCUCACGAAUUGUUGCCACGUUCGAUCUGUCAUCAGUAAUUCCAUUAUCGACUAUUAAAGGGCAACAUAUUUGGGAGCGUCUCAGUGACAUCACUAAUUUGGGUUAUCCACCUUAA